AUGCCAAAAUUGAUUCUUGUCACUGGUGCCACAGGAAAUCAAGGCGAGAAUUGGUGUCUAUGUGGUUCUGUUGCGAAGCUGCUUCUGCAGUAUCCCGAACAAUAUACAGUGAGAUGCCUCACUCGUAACACCGAGUCCAAAGCUGCGCGCGAGCUAGGAGACUCAGGUGCCGAGCUCGUACGAGGCAACCUGACAGACCUAUCAACUCUUCCUGCGGCUGUUAUAGGAUGCUGGGGGGUCUUUGCAGUCACCAACUUCUAUGAUGCAGCCAUCAUCGAUGAUCCAAUGAGCGAGGAGCAGCAGGGCCGCAAUCUCGCAAAGGCUGCUCAUGAUGCCGGGACGGUAGAGUGUUUCAUCUGGAGUACCAUGCCGAGCUCCCAUGCGUUAUCCGGCGGCAAGUUUUUCACCCGACUUUAUGAAGGUAAUGCGGAAGUCAGACUGGCUCCAGUACAGCUUUUUACUGAUUCCGGUUCUUCAGGCAAGCAUCUCGUUGAUGGCUACAUUCGCGAACUUGGUCUUCACGGGACCUUUCUCUACACGGGUAACUUCUACGAAAACAUGGUGCUGCGAAAACAUAUGUCAUACGACAAAGAGACCGACACAAUAAUCUUCAAGCAGCCUAUUAUCGCGCCGGACGCCGAGCUUACGAUGCUUUAUGUCGAGAAAGAUCUCUCCGCCAUAGUCAAGGCAAUCUUCGACCAAUGGGAGGAAAAGAAAGCCGAGUUGGAUGGCGCCUACCUGCAGGCCAGCAAUGCAAGAGUCAGGCCAAAGGACAUUGUCGCAGCGGCAAAAAAGGUGUCCGGGAAGAACGUUGAAUAUGUCGUGCUGCCGACUACAGGCGUGCCGGAAAGGGAUACCAUGUUCCAGUUCUACAAUGACGUUGGUAUGCAUCCGGGCGUUUCGCUACCAGAUCCGCAAGUGGUGAAGCUGGGCGUUCAGCUGCACGACGCCGAAGAUUACAUACGGGAGAAGCUCUUGCCGCAUCUUGGACUGGUGCCGGUCAAUUAG